CGUCCCGGCUCCCGCGGCCAUGGCGCCCGCCCGCCCCGGGCCGCUGCUCCUCGCCCUGAUCGCGGCAUUGCUUCCAGGCCCCGGAGGUGCGCAGCAAUCCACUUCGGUACGCCCCGAGAAUCCCGUCCUGGCCCGAGGCGGGUCCCUGGAGCUCAACUGCAGCGCUCCUUGUGCUGAGCCCAGCUACCUGGGCCUGGAGACACCUUUGCCCAAAAUGAAUCUGUCUUCUGGGGGCAACUGGAAGCUGUACAAACUGAGUGAAAUCAACGAAACCAGCAAUCCCAUAUGUUAUGCUACGUGCCACGGUGUCCAGAUGUCCUUCGAGGCCACCAUCACCGUGUACAGGUUCCCAGAGACGGUGGAGCUGGCCCCCCUGCCCCCCUGGCAUCCGGUGGACCAGAACCUCACCCUGAGCUGCCUGGUGGCGGGCGGGGAGCCCCGGGCCCAGCUCAGCGCGGUGCUGCUCCGCGGGGAGGAGGAGCUGAGCCGGCAGCCCGUGCUGGGGGAGCCGGCCGUGGUCACAGCCACGGUGCUGGCCCUCAGGAGCGAUCACGGCGCCAAUUUCUCCUGUGCCACGGAACUGGAUCUGCGGCCACACGGGCUGGGAUUGUUCCAGAACACCUCGGCCCCCAGGCAGCUGCGAACCUUCGUCCUGCCGAUGAAUCCCCCGCAACUUUCCAUGCCGCCCGGGGUCCUGGAGGUGCCCGUGGCCCUGGAGGCUGGCACCCGGCAGCGCGUGGGCUGCUCGCUGGACGGACUGUUCCCGGCCUUGGAGGCCCAGAUACACCUGGAGCUAGGGGGCGAGAGGCUGAACUCCACCACGGCCUACAGCAAGGACUCUGUGUCAGCCACGGCCACAGUGGAGGUGACAGCGGACCAGGAGGGACCCCAGAACCUGCUGUGUGCGGUCAGCCUGGGGAACCAGACUCGGCAGACCCAGAGGACAGUGACCGUCUACAGCUUCCCCAGUCCCAACCUGACCCUGAGCCAGCCCGAGGUGUCGGAAGGGAACCUGGUGAUGGUGUCCUGCGAAGCCCCAGCUGGAGCUCGAGUGACCCUGAGCAGCGCCCCAGCCGAGCCGCCGUCCUCCAAGGCCCAGUUCCAGAUGAACGCCAGCGCCGAGGAUCAUGGGCGUCGCUUCUCUUGCUCUGCUGAACUGGAGGUGUCUGGGCAGGUGUUGUACAAGAACCGGACCGUGGAGCUCCGUGUCUUGUAUGGCCCCCGACUAAACGAGAGAGACUGCUUGGGCAACUGGACUUGGGAAGAGGGGUCCUCUCAGACUCUGAUCUGCCAAGCUUGGGGGAACCCAGCCCCGCAUCUGAGCUGUAAUCGGACAAACGAUGGAGCUCCACUGCCCAUCGGAGACUUGAGGCCGGUCAAGCAGAGGCACGCUGGCACUUACCUGUGCCGGGCAGUGAGCUCCCGAGGGGCGGUCACCCGCGAGGUGGUCCUGAAAGUGAUCAGUGGCAUGAACUUAGUAGCCAUCAUCCUGGUGACCAUCGGACUGACCUUGGGCGCCGUGGCCAUCGGUGCUUACCUUUACAACCGGCAGCGAAAGAUCCGGAAGUACAAGCUACAAAAGGCUCGCGAAGCCGUGGCCCUGAAACUGAAGGCACAGGCCACGCCCCCCGGUGCCCCGUCCACCUCCGGGGACCCCCUGACUGGCUGCACUGCUGGUGAAUUGAACUGAACGGCAGACGUGCGUGUCACUCCUCAGGGUGACAGAGGCCAGGGGCCGUGGCCUCCUGAUGCUUGCAGCAUUUUGGGGGGGGAGAUCAAGACAGCCUCACCCCUUGGGCCCUCCCCGCCCCCAACACCCCAGGCCACACAAGCUGACCUGUAGUGUUGAGACUGAGCCAAAAGGAGAAGUCAGGAUCAGACCUGGAAACCUGACCUGGGUGGACAGAAGGAGGCAGAUGGCGAUGGAGAUCUUGUAAAAAUGGCCACGUGGGCCCUACAGCCAGGAAGCCCUGUAAUCAUCUUCUACUGCCUGGCCUGAGGCCCCCGUGGCCCAAAGGGAGAAGUGACCCCAGAUGGAAUCUCAGAUGUCCAGCCUUCCUUGGACCCAUGCCGGCUCAGGCCCUGCUGUCAGUUGACUUGUCCCCAGCUCCCCACGAUAAUGUAUUUAUUAUUUUGUGA